AGUCCGCAGUCGACCGCGCUACAGUUCGCGUCGGCUCUCGUCGAAUAUCUAAGCGAACGAUUGAAGUUGUGAAAACAUUUUUCUAGUGCGACGUAGUAUUAUUUACAAUUUGUGUUACUUUAUGUUAAUAUAUCAUUUUGUUAACAUAUUUCUGUCAACGAUUUAAGUUAUCUUCUUCGAAACAACUCAGAUAUCCGAUUUAUAAUGUUUUUCGUGGCGAAAGCUUUUCAGUAAGAUUAGCGAAGUUAUAAUUUUCAGUUUGUUUUAGUUAUUAUGAUAACUAUUCUCACGGAAUUCGUGUGCCGGGUAUGAUAGAGCAAAAACAUUGACCCGGACUUGACUUUAAUUAGAGAUACCAAAGAAAAUGUGUGCCAAAAUGUUGUAUAGUUCGCUGUUGCCUAUUGUAAUGUUAUGGAUUGGAGUGUUCGCCGAAGAGGAAGUUUCAUCUCCUUUGCGGGUAGCGCAAUGUAGAGCGACCUGUUUGCAAAAGUUCGCGGCGCCUCGACCCGGCGGGGAGUCAUCGUGUUUGCAAGGCCCCGACUGUUUUAUGUGCUGGGAGAAUUGUGAACUACUUCAGUCGAACUAUCAAGUAUGGGGUGCAGUUUGCGAUGAAAAAGAUAUAUGCUUCCCAGGUUGUAAGGUAGCGUGUGAGUUCCACACAGAAGCGGCAAGGGCAUCGCAAACACAGCCUGUCAUACACACCAAGGGCGAAGGCGUGAUGCGAGUCAGCGGCGCUCUCGCCCGCUGGCCUCCGCCGGCACCACGCGCCUCCACAAAACCUGCCCCAUUCGUCUACGUGGUCAUGCGCCGAGCAGCAGAAGGACCUUGGCGACAAAUCAUACAGACCCAGGCCCUCGCUACCAGAGUACCGCCGAAUAAUGAAGGCGCACUUCUUCGAGUGCUUGUCGUAGACCCUCAAGGCCUCGUCACCAUUUACAGUCCUGAUGAAAUGUGGCUGGCUCGCGACACAAACUCUUCUAGCCAUGACGAACACAAAUGGAUUCUAAAAGAAAUUUCUCUCAUCCAUCAGAAAGUCCUUGUGAUCGGUGAAAUCGCCUGGGAACCGAGGAUCGCGCGUGGCGUUUAUCUUGUAACGUGGGAAGUCGACGGCGGAGGGCUGAAAGGAAACCUUUUUACUGAUUCCACACGUGUUACUUUAUCGCUUUGGCCAGAUACAAUCUAUCACAUUCAAGUGGAACUGGUCUCUCGGACGCCGGGUGUAGAUAACGAAAAGUCAGAGACAAUGACCAUUGAUACGAGUCGAGCUCAACGUGUUUCGACAGAGAGCGUACAAGAUGUUGAGGUUAGUGAAGGGGACCGUUUAAUGUCAGUAUUAGUAAGUUCCAUGAGAGGGGAGCGCGUACCCGAACGGGCCCCAGAUUCUGAGUUAGUUCUUGGCUGUCUGUCAGCUAUGAUAGCGUUUGGUUUGGCCGCGCUUGCUGCUAUUGUAUGGAGAAGGAGACGGCGGGGCACCUUCCCUGGGACCAACGUGUAUGUGGGAUCAUCAUCUGUUCUGAAGCGGAAGUUGGUCGAGGAUUUUACUCCUUCGUCGCAUUGUUUCCAGCCCGUGCUAACACCGGCUAUUGCGUCUAACGAAAAUUCCGUGAAUGACGUCAUCGUGUGACGUCACAGCUUCGAUAUGCUGUCCGUCGAUGAACGUGCUUUGAGUUCCUAAACAUUAGAACAAAAUCGUGAAAAGAUACAAACGUUUCUUCGUAUUAAAGUGGAUGAACUGAUUAUUAUGUGAUACUGAUGAGUGUAUGCGGAAAGGUAAAUAAAUAUUGUAUUUUGUGAGAUGGUUUCUUUUGUGAUUUAAUUUAAGUUAUUUUCCUUUUGAUAGACACUUCUGCUCAUCGUUCGCUAUGAUUGCGUGACAUAUUAUCGAUUCGUACGUAGUGUUAGGGAAAUUGUAAAUUGUACUUAUAAAAUAUAUUUAUGAAACACAGUAAGGUAAACACCAGACAACUUAGCGAUGUAAAUAUGUUAAGAAUCGUUUAAAGAUAAAAUAUUUUUAAUUUUAAAUUAAAUCGUGUAUGCUGUAAAUAUUACAUAUGUAGGUGUUAUUUGAAGUAUUUAACAAGCAAUGUGUACAUUAUGCUUAAAGAUGAAUACUUUCAUUAGUGUGACUCAUAUUUGAACCUUUCACUAUCAUUUUGUUUUGGAACUAUUCACAUUGAAUUUCUAUUAUCUACUGUAAAAGUGUGGUAAAUUAAACUAACAAUUAGAACUAUUUUUACAGCCUAGUCCUUAUUAACAUUUAGUUAAUAGUUAAUAGACAUACUUUAUUCAAAUUAUAACGUUUAGUAACUUUGAAUUUCUUCAGCAAUAAAAAGAUGUACGUAUGUGUAAAUAUUCGAAGCAUUUAUUGUAAAAAAAAAAACAGAGUAAUUAUAUUUUUCUCGAUCAACAUUAAUAUUUCUAAAUGUUAUGGGUGGAUUAACGGUAUUAAUAUGUUAAGAAAAAUUAUAAGCGGAUGAAUAUCUUAAUUUCAUAUACUUGAAUGUAAUGAAAAUGUAAUCAAUGUGUUUAAAAAUUGCAUCAUUAUUGUAAUAUAGUGCAUUUAAAUUGAUUUAUAAUUUAGCUUUAAAAAUCCUUAUAAAUCUACACGAAAGUUCGUGGAAACCAAAAUU